AUGUCGUCCACACAUAAGACACAGCCAAUUGCCAUCAUUGGCAUGGCUUGCCGCUUCCCUGGUGAUGCCAGCACUCCUGAACGCCUGUGGGAGUUGUGUGCGGAAGCUCGAAAUACUUGGUCCAAGGUGCCUCCGACCAGGUACAAUGGAGAUGCAUUCUAUCAUCCUCGACCAGAAAACCUUGGAACCAUACACAGCCAUGGUGGACACUUUCUGAAUGAGGAUGUCUCGCUGUUUGAUACCUCAUUUUUCAGUCUCACUGCGGACAUAGCCAGAGCUAUGGACCCACAGAUUCGUAUGCUCUACGAGACCACAUUUGAAGCCUUUGAGUCAGCUGGCCUGACUCUGGAACAAGUCGCUGGAUCUUUAACAUCUGUGUUCGCUGGAGCUAUGUUUCACGACUAUAACGAUUUGCAGGUGCAAGAUAUUGACAACUUGCCUCGUUACUUCCUCACAGGAAACUCGGGUUCCCUGGUAGCAAAUCGACUCUCCCAUUUCUUUGACCUUCAAGGUCCUAGCGUUGCUGUUGAUACAGCUUGCUCCACAGCCAUGAUUGCGCUCCAUCUAGCUUGUCAGAGCAUUCGAACUGGCGAUGCUACAAUACUUACAGGUCCUUCCGGUAAAUCCUUCGGUUUUGACAAUCGGGCCGAAGGUUAUGGCCGUGGUGAGGGUGUCUCUACCAUUGUCCUCAAGUCUCUUGACGCCGCUCUCCGAGAUGGUGACCCUAUCCGUGCAGUGAUCCGAGAAACAGGUUCAAACCAGGACGGUAAAACGCCAACCAUUACGUCUCCUUCACAAGAAGCUCAAGAAGCCUUGAUUAAAGCUACUUAUGAAAGGGCUGGCCUAAAUCCCAUCGACACAGGCUACGUAGAAAGCCAUGGCACAGGUACAAUUGCGGGUGACACAACAGAAACCAAGGCCCUGGGAAACACCAUCGGAAAGGGUCGAAAGCCCGAUGAGCCUCUCUAUAUUGGAUCUGUCAAAGCCAACGUUGGACACACUGAAUCAACCAGUGGUCUUGCUGCCAUCAUCAAAGUUGUGGAGAUGCUAGAAAGGGGUUGCAUCCCACCGCACGCCUUAUAUGAGAACCCCAACGCCAAAAUUAAUUUCAAGGCACUCAAUCUCAAGGUACCAACAGAAUUGACGCCUUGGCCAUCACACAGUCUGCGAAGAGUGUCCAUUAGCAACUUCGGAGCUGGAGGUACCAACACACAUGCUAUCAUCGAAGAUGCUAGAUAUCAUGUGCCCGCUAAGGCCAAUGGCGUUACUAAGAAGGAGUCACCAAGCCAUCGCUACCACUUUACUCUCAGUGCCAGAGAGGAGAAGGGUGCACGAGAGUCAAUAAAACAGCUUGAAAGCUAUCUGGACUCUGGCUUCCCAGAAGAGCGCCUUGCCGAUCUGGCUUAUACUCUGACCCAGCGACGUUCACAGUUUGCAUGGAGGACAGUAGUGUCAGCCGAAUCAGUCGACGAGCUCCGUUCUGCACUCAAAGACUCCAGUCUCAACCCAUCGCAGGCUAGUUUGGCUAAGGUGCCUCGACUUGGAUUUGUCUUUACAGGACAAGGUGCUCAGUGGCAUGCUAUGGGACGAGAACUCAUUGCAGCUUACCCAGUAUUUCGCCAAGCUCUGGAAGACGCAGAAAAGCAUGUCAAAUCACUGGGUUCCAAAUGGAGUGUCUUUGAGGAGCUAUCGCGGGAUGAACAGCAGACCCAAGUCAAUAAGCCGCAGUUCAGUUUCCCUUUGUCGGUUAUUAUUCAACUGGCUGUAGUUCGGCUGCUUGAAUCUUGGGGUGUGGUUCCAAGUGCCACAACUGGUCACUCCAGCGGUGAGAUUUCGGCAGCUUAUGCGGCUAAAUUGCUCACUUUUGAGGACGCCAUCACAAUUGCGUAUGUCCGAGGCCAUCUCACGGCUGAGUAUGUGGACGCUGGUAAAGUUCAAGGCGGUAUGACUGCGCUCGCCACCAGCAAAGAGGUUGCUCAGCAAUAUCUUGCAGAAAUUACCACUGGAAAGGCCGUGGUUGGAUGUGUCAACAGUCCCAAUAGCGUGACUAUUUCUGGAGAUGCAUCUGCCUUGGUUGAGCUCGAAGCGCGAGCGCAAGCUGAAGGUGCAUUCUUCCGACGUCUAAGGGUCCCAGCGGCAUAUCACUCUACGCAUAUGGAUCCUCUGGCUGAAGUAUAUCACUCGAGUCUCGACAAGUACUUGCAGAAGCCCGAACUGCCAGAGUCAAACAUUAUUUUCUCAUCUCCUGUUUCUGGAAAACGUGUGGGAAAUAGCGAGAAGAGAUCUUUGGCUGAGCCUGGGCAUUGGGUUCAGAACAUGGUGCAGUGCGUUCAAUUUGAGGACGCUCUGAAAGACAUGCUACUAUCAGACCAAUCUGAGAAGACUGGAGGCUCACAGUUUACUGUCGAUGCCAUUAUCGAAAUUGGACCUCACGGAGCUCUCCAGGGACCUAUUCGCCAGAUCCUCGCUGAUCCAGUCUUGAAGGAGUGCAAUGCAACAAACGGCCCUUCUCUGAAACGUGGAGAAGAUGCUGUUCGCACUAUGGGAAGCUUGGCAAGCCGACUCUUCUGCCAGGGAUAUCCCGUUAAUUUUGAGGCUGUUAACUUUCCCGAACCUACCAAGAACCUGCAGGUUGUCCAUAAUCUUCCAUCAUAUCCGUGGAACCACGCGAAAUACUGGGUCGAGGCACCUGCAGUAACAGAAGCUCUGAACAGGAAAUUCGCUCACCAUGACCUGCUUGGAUUAAAGGUUACCGGCUUAAACUCAGACGUUCAUAUUUGGAGAAAUGUGCUUCGCAUUUCCAACGUUCCUUGGCUGGCAGAUCAUGGCCUACAAACGCAAAUUCUGUUCCCUGGUGCUGGUUUGGCUACCAUGGCGAUAGAAGCCAUGCACCAGAUUGCCACGCCAGAGGAGCAAGCACUUGGAGGCUACAUGCUUUACGAUGUCAACUUGUACAGUGCCCUGAUGGUCCCAACAACGGACGAUGGAGUAGAGGUACAGCUGAUACUUCGGGACCAAAGCAAGCGGAUGUUGGACACUCUUACCUACAAGGAAUUCUCGAUCCUUUCUAGAGGAAGAGAUGGCAAAUGGAUCGGACACUGCAGUGGUAAAGUCGGAAUCGCCAGUGACAAGCCACAAGUCCCUGUUGUCAUGCCUAAAGACACCAAAUUAACUUCUCUUGAUUUGGGAGUCUUCUACGAGCAGAUUGCUAACGGAGGCCCAACUCUGGGACCCGCUUUCCAGACGGUGUCAUCUGUCGAUUUUGGUAGUGGCCAUGUGCUUGCGUCCAUCACUGUGACUGACAAUAUUGCACUUAUGCCUAAAGAGUACGAAUCUAAGUAUUUCGUUCAUCCCACAACGAUGGACGCUUGUUUCCAAAUUGCUUGGAGCACCAUGCCUCCGGCUAUUCUGGAAAAGUUUGGUCUCUGCUUGCCUGAGUAUGCUGGGAAACUGUACCUCAGCUCCAACACCAACCAGAAGCCCGGUACAAAGAUGAAGGCUGUCGCCAGGCUCACUCACCUAGAUCUUCAUGGCUUCGAAGUUUCUAUCACUUUGUCUGAGAUUGAUGGCGAUCAAGAACGGAUUGUUUUGAAUGCUGAGCGCUUAAAGGUCAAAUCUCUUGCUCUCAAGUCUGCUCAGACCUCAGAGGAAGUAGAUAACACUGCUACGUUGAAGCCUGUCCACAAGCCAGACCUUUCUAAGCUGUCUGCAAAAGAUCUUCAGAGUGAGAAUAAGCUCAAGGAGUACGUCAGCCUCUUUGCUCACAAAUAUCCCCGUGCCAAGAUCUUGGAAGUUGGCGCCGGCGCACGAGCUACUUCCGCUGUUAUUCUCGGGGGGCUUUCACAAGAGACUCCAGGAACAUUGUCAGCCCAUAGAUAUGAUUAUGCAGACAUCUCUGCUGAGUCAUUCCCAGAGGUUGAGAAGCAAUUUGGGCAAUUUGACAGCCAAAUUCGGUAUCAAGAAUUUGAUAUCGAAAAGAGCCCUGGCGAGCAAGGUGUUAAUGCUGAAAGCUAUGACUUGGUUAUUGUUUCAAACGUUCUACAAAAUGCUACAGAUGUCAGCAAGAGUACUAAGCAUAUUCGCCAUCUCUUGAAGUCUGGAGGCACAGCAUUGGUCCUAGAGAAAUCUCUGGAUGCAAAGCUGGAAUCAGUGUUAGCUGAGAAUGGCUUUCACAGCUCAGAGGUUGUAGUGCACGGCUCUGAAUACUCAUUUAUCGCAGCUACCGCCACUAGCAAUGCGCUUUUCCACACUGUGACCUAUCCCAAGGAGACUGUCUUGAUCCAGCUACCCAACUCCAAAGACGCAGCACCUCAAAAAUGGCUGGAUCAGCUUAUCCAGUCGCUUCAUGACAGUACCGGUACGGAAGUUUCGGUUGCCGAGCUCGGAAAGGCGUCGUUGCAGAACAAGACUGCUAUUAUUUGGGUACAGAGCAAGGACAAACUUUUGUCUGAUACCACUCAAGAGACCUUCACUGCCCUGCAGACAGCACUGCUAGAGGCUGACGGCAUCAUGUGGGUAUCACACGCUGGAGAUGGCAACGAGGCAGAAGCUGCGAUGGGUCUGGGUCUACUGCGAACUCUCAGAGCUGAAGAUGCCUCGAAGACAUUUAUCAAUCUUGACUUGGACCCAGAGCGAGGAUGUUGGGAUCUAUCUGCAAUCCAAGUGGUUGACGAUGUAUUCCGUUACGCUUUGAACUCCAACAGCCACGAGCAUCGCGAGUAUGAGUUUUCAGUUCGCUCAGGCCGGUUAAACAUUCUCCGAUAUAUCGGAGACCAGAGCAUUAAUGAGCAGUUUGGAAGACUGCAAGGCAGAAAUCCACCUCAGCUCAAAGAAUUUUCAUUCUCGGGCCCAUACACAUACUUGGAAGCUACAAGUCCUGGUCUAUUGGACAGUCUUGUCUUCAAAGAAGAUGAGGCUCUGUGGCAAUCUGGUACAUGGAACGAGGAGAUGGUUGAGAUCACACCGCAUGCAUUUGGUCUCAACUUCCGAGACGUUCUUAUCGCAUUAGACCAAAUGCAGGAGAAGAUUAUGGGAUUCGAGUGCUCAGGAUAUGUUAGCCGAGUUGGGUCCAAAGUCACCCACGUCAAGGUUGGUGACCGAGUCUGCGCACUCAUGCAAUAUGGAAACUGGGCCAACAAGGUUCGCACGCCAUGGCAUAGCGUGAUGCGUAUUCCAGAUAGCAUGAGUCUGGAAGCAGCAGCUUCUGUUCCCAUUAUCUUUGGAACAGCAUAUCACGCUCUGAUCAAACUUGCUGACCUGCAAGAGGGUGAAAGCAUUCUGAUCCACUCUGCAGCUGGUGGUGUCGGGUUGGCAGCUAUCGCUAUUGCUCAAUACCUGAAGGCGGAAAUCUAUGUCACCGUUGGUUCGGAAGAGAAGCGAGAAUUCCUUUCUAAACAAUAUGGCAUUCCCCGUGAUCGCAUGUUCUCUAGCCGUGAUAUAUCUUUUGCUGAAGACGUUAUGCGAGCUACUGGAGGAAAGGGAGUAGAUAUCGUGUUGAAUUCUUUGGCAGGUCCUUUGUUGCAGGCUAGUUGGGAUUGCGUUGCUAAACUCGGACGCUUUAUUGAACUGGGUAAACAAGACUCUCAGGGCAACAAAAGCCUGGGUAUGAGAAAUUUUAGCAAUUCCACGAGCUAUAUCGCAAUGGAUCUUGUGAUGCUAGGAAUUCACAGUGGCAAGACACUUUUCAACUCCUUCCGGGGCGUCAUAGAUCUGUUUGCCGCUGGAAAGAUUAAGCAUGAGGUUCCCCUCUUGCUUUAUGAGCUGGGUAACCUGCGAGACGCAUUCCGUCAAAUGCAACGCGGUCGCCACAUUGGUAAAUUUGUCAUUCGCGCCACUGAAGGUGACCUGGUACCGACAAUUGUAACCCAAGCUCCGCCCAAGUUUGACCCUCUUGGUUCAUACCUUAUUAUCGGUGGACUUAGCGGUAUUGGUCAAGAAAUCGCCUUCUGGCUCGCCAAGCAAGGAGCGAAGAACCUGAUCCUGGUGUCGCGACGAGCAGAGGAGCAAGAAGAUGGCCCAGCACUUGUCGCUGCUCUUGCUGAAGCUGGAGCUCAAACAGUUCUCCGCAGCUGCGAUGUGACUGACAAGGCAAGCCUUGAGAGAGUUGUUGUUGAAGCUCGCAAGAAGGGGCCAAUUCGUGGUGUUGUCCAGUCAGCCGUGGCUUUGUCAGACUCUGUUUUUACCAACAUGAGCCAAGAGAAAUGGCAUGUUGCGGUGGGUCCCAAGGUUAAGGGAACUGGAAACCUGGAUGAGCUCUUCCAAGACUCUGACCUAGAGUUCUUCAUUAUUCUCUCAUCCGCCACAUGCAUUCUAGGAAAUGGUGGACAGGCAAACUACACGGCAGGAGGAAGUUACCAGGAUGCUCUCGCAUGGAACAGAGUCAGCAAGGGCUUGCCUGGUGUUUCCAUUAACAUUGGUAGUGUGCCAGCUGUAGGUGUAGCUGCUCGUGCUGGUGUUGGUGCUAAGUUGGAGAGAGCCGGUUACCGUGCUCAAGAAGUGCCUGAGCUUUUGAGCCUCAUUCAGAUGUCUAUCCUUCACCCACGCUUGGGCCAGAUAGUCACCGGGCUUAAGAGCUGGACGACUCCAGGUAGUCUGCAGUGGCGUUUGGAGCCUCGGUUUGCUCACUUGUGGCUUCCUGGCGAUGGCGCUGAUGGAGAAGGUUCAGCACAGCAAUCUCUGAAGGAUCGUCUCAUCAGCAGCCCAAGCGAGACAGCGCACGGCCUAUUGGUUGAGGCUUUGAAGGAACGUCUAGCUGAUGUCUUCGCAAUGUCCGCGUCCGAAGUCGAUGCCGAGAUGCCUCUCACAGCUUACGGUGUGGAUUCCCUGGUUGCAGGAGAGUUGCGAAACUGGCUAGUGUUGAACGUUGUUGGCGGUGUUAGUAUUUUUGAUGUCACACAGAGCAACUCACUCAAAGACUUAGCGGGCAGGCUGCAAGAGAGGCUUGCUGAGGAAGCGAAAUAA